GUAAAAACAAAUCCGUUAUAUGCGCAAUGUUUUAAAGUAACAUUACUUGCAUACGUGUCGAAAGGAAACCUAGAAGAACAUAUUUGAAUAUGCCUGUACCAAAGUUGUCCAAAUCCAACAAGCAUGCACCAAGUGCUAAGGAAAUCAAGAAGGAGCAUGUCGAUUCCUUAGUGGAAGAGCUGCUGAGCGGCAACAAAAAACUAACCAAGGCUCAACAACACAAGAAACGUGAGUUGGAAGCUUAUUUGGUGCAGAAGCUGCAACAAUACGAUGAAGAGAGCGAUGACACAGCAACCGACUCAUCAGGUACUGAGGAUUCUGAAUCUGACAGCGAAACGGAAAGCAGUUGCGGUUGCGAAGAUUGUACCGAAACAGACAGUGAACAUGAUAGCGCUACGGGUAGCUCUGAGGGGUCGGAGUCGGACAGCGACGGGGACUCUGACUCUGAAUCCAAUAGCUCUGAUGACACAGGAUCCAGUAGUGAUGAUAGUUGCAGCGAUACGGAUAGCGAGUGUGAUUAUAGCAAGCGCUCCGAUCAGUUUACAGAUGAAUAUACAAUAAAUAGUUAUAGUGAUGAAUCUGAUUAUUCGUAAAAAAAAGAACAGUUAACUAGGGGUGAUGAGAAAAUAUGUUAAAGUUUUGUUUGCUUAUUAUAUUUUAAUUAUGAAAUGUGUAAAAAUGUUAGUGUAAUCUUUAAUUGUAAAUUUCUUGAAAAUUGUUUAAAUUAUGUUCUUAUUUAAAUAAAAGUCUUUCCAAACUUCCGAACUAAAAAUUGACAAAUUUGAAUAAUUCUUGUUUUAAAACAUUAAUGCGAUAUGCAACCCUGUAUGUGCUCUUCUGUGCUUUUCUGAUUAGCCGGUCUUCUGACAUUUUCAUGCGUACUGUACACGCACGUGCAACAAUUUGCUAAUAUUCUGAUUGUGAACAUAAUUCCACGCUAUUUUUAAAAUAAAAUUGUUUAAUUUUUGAAAAUUAUUUUAAGUAAAUUGUGUGGAUAAAAUGUCGGAACCGAUUUCUGCAUUUGCGGCAUAUCGUACUACACUUUCAAAAAAUGGUAAUACGUCUAAAAAAGGUAAUAACAAGAAAGCAGCUGCUGCUAGCAACAAACCCGGUGCAAACAAAAAGAAUGCGGCAAAAAAUAAAUCAUUUCAAAAAGAUAAACCAAAGAAAGCAACAAAAAGUCAAAACGCAGCAAACCCCAUUAUUGCGGCUAAAGAAAAAGUGGUGGCUCCAGCCAAGGCUAAGGAAGUUGUUAACAACAAAACUGCACCAAAAGUUGAGGCCUCGAAAAACAAAGCAAACACCAAGAAAGCAACAGGCAAAACUGAGCCGCCUGCGAAGCAAAAACAAAAAGCGCAGCAUGCUGCUACUAACGGUAAAGCAGAGUCCAACGGCAUUAAUGAAAAUGAAAUUGACAACUUGGUGGAACAAUUGCUAAGCGACUCACCGUCCAAGCCAAAGAAGCUAACGAAAGCACAACAGAAAAAGAAGCAAGAAUUGGAGGAUUAUUUGGUAAAGCAGUUAGAGAGGGAUGAUGAAGAGGCGGGUGAGGAAGAAUAUGAUACUGAAACUGGUAGUGAGGAAGAUUACAGCCGCGAUUCGGAUGAAUUCUCUGACGAGUACACCAUAAAUAGUUAUACCGAUGAGGAAGAAGAGGAAUGCGAGGAGGAGGAAACUGGUGUCAGUGGCAGUGAUUACUCUAGUGAAAGUGAUGUUGGUAAACAACCCAUUGCCACAUCUACUAAAAACAGCAUACCACAAAAGCGUAAAGGUAAUGCGGAAACCAGCAGUAAGACUGCCAGUGAAGCCACUGAGCGAAAGAAGGCGCGUCAAGCAGACAGACCCAUUGAUCAGCGUAAAUCAAUUCCAGUUUCAGUAGAAACUGUUGCUGACAAAGCGGCAAAGACAACAGAUAAGCGCAGGCAUUCCAUAGCCGAAAGUGAAGCGGCCGCCAGCGCUAAAGUAGCUGUAAAGACCGUGGAUGCGAAAGCAGUAAAAAUGGAGCCCUUAUCACCGCCACACAACAUCGUAAAAAUGAAUAGCAUACAAGAGGGUGAAAAGGUGUUCGGUUGGCUGCUUAGUCCACUAAACCUUAAGGAAUUCUUCAGCAAGUAUUGGGAAAUGGGCGCCUAUUUAGUCAAGCGCAAAGGCUCUAACUACUACUCAAAACUAAUGUCGUUUGAGGCUAUCGAUCAAAUGUUAAUCAAUAAUCAUGUCGAAUUUACAAAAAAUAUUGAUAUCACUUCUUAUAAAAAUGGUGUACGUGAAACGCUCAAUCCCGUUGGACGUGCCAUGCCGCCCGUCGUGUGGGAUCACUAUGGGCAAGGUUGCAGUGUACGCCUACUCAAUCCGCACACCUUCCUACCGGAGCUUUUCAAGCUAAACACAACCUUGCAGGAGUACUUUCACUGUCUUGUGGGUGCCAAUGCCUACCUCACGCCGCCCAACAGUCAAGGUUUCGCGCCACAUUACGACGAUAUAGAGGCUUUUGUGCUGCAAAUUGAGGGCCGCAAACGCUGGCGUCUCUACAAGCCACGCACGCAGGCGGAGCAGCUGCCACGUUUCUCAUCGAAAAAUUUUACGCAGCAAGAAAUCGGUCAACCCAUAUUCGAUGAGGUGCUUGAACCCGGCGAUCUGCUGUACUUUCCACGCGGCACUAUACAUCAAGCUACCACAGCACCUGGCUACCAUUCGUUGCACAUCACCUUGAGCGUGUAUCAAAAGCAAUCGUACGCUGAUCUCUUUGAACGCAUGAUGCCAUUGGUGUUGCAGCGCGCCAUUGGAAACAAUCUGGAUAUGCGUUGCGGACUGCCGCUAUAUACGUUCCAGCAUGCUGGCAUUGCCUACAGCGACAAUGACACUAAAGAGCGCGCCGAUCUGUUGCGCAAAGUAACGAAGCUUAUGGGUCAGUGUUUGCAUAGCGCAGAGCUGGGCGAAAUGAUGGACGCCGCUGUGGAUCAGCUGGCUAAGAAGUAUCAGCACGAAGCGCUGCCACCGCAUGUGUUGGCCGGUGAGCGCGCACGCACAAUUUUCGGUUCGCGCAGCACCACCAAUGAGCAUGGCGAGUGCUUGUGUGACUAUGAAAUUGAUGAGCGCACCAAUGUGCGGCUGCUGCGCGCCAACAUCAUGCGUUUGGUGCAGGAGGAGGAUAAAGUGCGUAUCUACUACUAUGUGGAUAACUCCAAGGAGUACUGUGAAUAUGAGCCGAAUUUCAUUGAAAUCGAGCCAGAGGAGGCGGCAAGUGUGGAGGUGCUGAUACGCUCAUAUCCGGAGUAUGUGGGUGUGUCGCAGCUGCCAUUGGAAGAUGAUGAGCGCAAGGUGCAGAUGGUGACGGCGCUGUGGGAGCGUGGUCUGCUGAUGACUGAGAAGCCCUUCAAAUGAUGCAGCAGCUAUGCUUACUUAAUUGUAGUGUUUUUCUUAAAAAGUAUAGUAAACAAAAUAUAUGUAUAUCUAAAGUUUUGUUUUUGUUUUGCUUAUUCGAAACGAUUUUUAUGAAAAAUUGUUUUGUAAUAGGCGCCUAUGAAAUUUUGUGUUAUAUAAUAUUUGAGUUCAUACACUGUGCUAUUGUUGCUUUCAACAAACCCUCAAGUGAUAUGUAGCCAUUGUCAAUUUAAAUAAAAGAGUAAAUGCGCAUGUGCAACAUGCCUUUUGUUAAAAAAUGUCA